AUCCUCGUCCUCAUUCCCAUGUCCCGUAACACUUGUUUCCUGGGCUGAGUCACUGUUCUGCUCGACUUCUCGCUUUCUUUUACUGGUUGGCGGAAACUCCCAACUUUUCUUCUGAUUGUCCCAGAUCCACUCCUCGCGGCUCUUGAAGUUGACGAGUGGUUCAUCACCGAGAUCUUCAUACAGUUCUUCGUUCCAGUAUGGUAUGACGCUGGUGAUCCUAUCUCUAGGAAUCGACUUGACGAAAAGCCAUUCAGAAUUGUGAUCCUUGCUUCUAGUCACCGGGACUUUGAGGUUGGGAUGUAUGCAGUUGCAUUCUUUCUCCUAAAAUGGUCGGUAACCCAUUUGAUUCUCCUCGGUGUGAGCUCGCUUUCGAGAUUGAAGUUUGGGCAUAUUCCUUGGAAUGCAGAGCUUUGGUCCAAGACCGACUGAGGUUGAUCCCGACGCCAUAUGUUGUUCUCUUCGGUCAUGAACCUAGACGGCGUUCCUGAACGUUCAUGGAACACCCUAUAUAGGGUGAUUGGUCGGCAUGAGGAGAAGUUUCUCACUAGCUCUGAGCCUUGGUCGAAUGUGCUGAACGGAGUUAGUUUUCAUGAAUAAGCUGAGUGUUGUUCGAGCAGCAUACAAAGUUAGCGGACCUUCAAGCCUGUCUUCCGCGACCUGGUGUUUCUCUACCACUAUAGGCGGCGGUGCCGGUUGUCGUGCCUCUUCAAUCAUCUUGUUGAUGGUAGCAUCAGAGGGGAUCUGCUUCGGUUUCUUUACCCAAGUGUUCGUCUCCGUGUCACCGAAUCGUUUGAUGAUAUCCGUGAACAGCUGUGAGUUUGUCUCAUCGAGCAUGCCUUUGAACAUUGCUGUCAACUCUUUCAAGUCUAUUCCGGGUUCGGGUAUGGCCUUGAAUAUCUGCUUCACUGGGAGUGGGCUUACUGAAAUUCCACAUUAG